GCCCCAAACCCUAAUCGAAUCAAAAAAAGGUGUGUUCCUUUUUCACAAAAAAUCGAUCCUUUUUCUUCACCAUCUUCGUGGAAAACAUUAGGGUUUUAUUCUCUCUCUUCCCCUGGACUUUGCCAUUCUGCUUCUGCCGGAGAUGGCGGAGGAGAGGAACAUGAACGGCGAAGAGACGGAGAGUUUCUUCGACCCUGAUCAGCAGGACGAUGGUGCGAAGACGGCGGAUCUGACCGGUAGAAUCGGAGAGCUCGAGAGCGAGAAUCAGGAACUGGUGCGAGAGAAUGGCGAGAUGAAUCAGAGGAUCGAGAAGCUAACGACGGAGGUCGAAGAAAUGAGAGUCGCCGAAUCGAAGUCGAGGCGUAAGAUGGGGGAGAUGGAGCGGGAGAUAGACAAGGCGGAUGAGGAGAGGAAGGUUCUGGAGGCCAUAUCUGCGAGAGCUGCGGAGCUGGAGACGGAGAUUGCUAGGAUGCAGCAUGAUCUGGUCACUGCUACGAGCGAAGGGGAUGAAGCCUCAGCGGAGGCGAAGAAGCUUGCGGCAGAGAUUUCGCAAAAAGGGGUUCGAAUCGAGGAGUUGGAGAAAGAGGUUGCUGGUUUAAGGACUGUGAAGGAAGAAAACGAGAAGAGGAUGAAGGAACUGGAGUCGAAGCUUGGGGCUUUGGAGGUGAGGGAGUUGGAGGAGAGGAACAAGAAAUUCCGAGCAGAGGAAGAGAUGGUGGAGAAGAUUGAUCUGAAGGAGAAGGAGAUUGAUGGGCUGAAAAAGAUGGUGGAGGGUUUGGAAUCUGAUGUUGCAGAGGGCAAAACAGAGCUGCAGAAGUGGAAAACAGAGAAGAUGGGUGUGGAGGAGAUGUUGAGAGAAUCAGAGAAGAAGGUUGCAGCAAUGGAGAUGAAGAUGGUGGAGUUGCAGAAACAGCUCAGUGAAACCGAGGAUAUGAUUGGUGGGUUGAAGAAUAUGGUGGAGACGCCGAGUAAUGGGACUGUGGCCGACGUUAGCGGAACGAAGUCAUGGUCUCCGGCGGUGGCUGUUGGCUCCAGUGGGGCUGUGGCCGCGGCGGCGGCGGUUGCAGUGGCUGUGACGGCGGUUGUUGUUGGAUACAGUAUGCAUUCGAAGCGAGUUUGAUUUGAGGUAGCCUUUUUGUCGGUUUCUUGUCGGAAACAUGUGUUUCCACUAUUUCCUACAAUAACUUAUUCUUGUUCGUCAAGAGAAACUUGUAGAAGUAACUUCAAGUUCACUGUUUUUUGUUUA